GCAGGGGUCCAGACAUGCUGCGCACUGGUUCAAAGUUUGCAUGGACGCUCAGAUGUCCCAAACACGCUGACAAUUCUCCAGCUUAAUGUGGCGAAUGUGAAGUCAGUUAAUCAUCCUGCUGUGUUCCACGUGUUGGAGUCUGAGUCACUGACGCUUUAAAAGAAUGCGACGUGAAGAGGAGAAGGACGACACUUCAGUUUUCCGACGGGACGUGUUGAAGAACGCCGCGCCGUACCACUACCUGAAAGUCUGCCUCGUUCUGGAGGAUGAAUCCACUAAACUGAGCGCAGUUGACCUGAAGCAGUUCAUCAUCACAGGUCUGAAGAGUCUCCAUGGAGAGGUGGGAGCAGCAUUGACAUUUGACUUGCUGAAGUACGAUGAGGAGACCCUCACUGCUCUUCUUCGUGUUGCCAGCAAGGGUUUGGUGAAGCUGUGGAGCUCCCUGACUCUGCUGGGCUUCUAUCAGAACCAGGCCUGUGCCUUCAGAGUCCUGCAGGUGUCUCCGUACCUGCUCUCACUGUCAGGAAACAGCCGAGAGCUGCAGCUGGACUGACGGAGGAGGAGCUUCAUUUUCUCCAGGAUGACUUUCAGGUGGAGGAGCAUUUUGAACAAACCUCGUCUCUGCCUCUCCU